GGGUGUUAUAGUAUUGGAUUACUCAGCUAGAAGUGAAAAAAAAUAAUACAAAUAAGAUUUUCUGUUGAGUGGACAAGUAAAUAAUACGACCUCUGGCGAAAAAAAGAAACGACGCCGUGUUAUUGAAAAAAAGCCGCGAAGUUCUGCAACAAAAUUACAGACUACUGCAAUAAUUUUCUCUGGUAAUUAGGCGAUACAUCAAUAAAUUAACGGAUUUAUCCUUCCCUCUUACUUCAAAUUUCCACUUGCAAGAAGAAUCCCUAAUUAUUGAUUAUCUUCAGCCGUGAUAUGGAGACCGAAUGUUGUGUCUUACUCUCGAAUCGUAUUGAACCAUGUUAUAGAAUAGUCGCUGUUCAUCCAUUUCGGCUCGAUGCGGCACCGUCAUCGGUCGGAGUAUUCCUUAACUCGGUGAAAAUGUGAGUCACAGGUUUCGCACUGUAGUGAAACGAUCUUCCGAAUUCACGAGGAGCAAUUUUUUGAUGGAAAGGUGCCAAAACCGAUCCCCGCCGCAAGGCAUAAUGUUCUCUACCUCGGAGUAGAGUGCAGUUUUGCUAUCAUCGAAGCAACUCCGGUGAAAAUUUGUAACUCAAGUUGAAAUGGCGGAGGUUCCGGUGGCUGUAGCGACGCCGUCCGUGCCGUGAGUUCAACGUUCUGAGUUUGUACAGGAGAGAUGAAGAUUUCCUGUUGUGAUUGGAAGAUGAAUCGUGUGGUGCCUGGGAGUUCUGUUCAUGCACCAAUCGUCGUUGAUUCCAGAGAGAACAGCUAUGCCUCGGAUGAUGAAUCAACUGUGACCUUUCAAUCUGUAGGAAGUGGCGCGUAUGAGUUUGAAGUCACCCAGGGUGAAGUGGAAUCUCCAUUCAGCUUGAGUGAUAUAUAUCAGCCAUUCGAGCCUUCAAGGAUGGUUUUCUUUGGAGAAAAUGAACGCAUUCGACCGAUUCGAGUUCCAUUUGCUGUUGAGCCUACAAGGACUGAUAAUGGCCAGAGAAUUCCACCACAACCUUUAACUAACAUGCAUGAGCUAGCAAACAAUGUGCCAAAUGAAGCUCUAGGGUUGCAGAGUCAAGGUCUCUAUGUCAAUUCACCUAGGCAGGCGCAUCCACCUGCUAACCAACUUGAAGUCAUGAACAAUGUGACUAAUGAAGCUCAAGGUGUCCAAGCUCAAGGUUUUAAUGUGGGUUCGCCAAAUGAAGCUCUGGGGGUCGAAGAUGAAGAUCCUGAUGUCAGUUUGCCUAUGAAAGGUAGUGGGCUUCGACGUUCAUCAAGGAAACGUAAUGAGGCUAUCUACAAUGAAGAUUUACUUGCCAAUAGGCUGCCAAGGCUUACUCGUUGGCGAGGUGAGAGCUCCCAGAAGAAGAAGCCUACUCAUUGUCUUCGUAUCAGAGCAUCUAACCAUUAUCCUGCUCUCCCUAACAGUGAUGAUGAGGGCUACGAGAGUGACGAUUAAUGGACAUGAGAAACAGAGAAUGAGGGACGAAGGACAGUGGGCUGAUUUACUAAUAUUCUAGUUUCCUCUUCUCUAUGAUUCAUCCAUUAUUCCGUUUUCCGGACUGUAAUAAAUCCAGUAAUGCUGGAUCAUUUAGGAAACUUUUACCUUGUUGGUGUUUUGAAUUUUGUCAUGAACUUUUUUUUAUUUAUUUUGGUAUACCGUUUUCUGGACUGUAAUGCAUCCAGUUGUACUGGAUCAUUUAGGUAAACUUGUUUAUCUAAAUGUGGGAUUUGGACAAUAUAUCAACUGUCGGCAUUUGGACAUAUUUGUGUGUGCUUAUUUACUUUUUGGUCAUAUUUGUAUGUGCUUAUUUACGUUUUGGAUGUAAGCUUGGGAG